AUGAUGUUUCGCGACCAGGUCGGGGCAGGCUGGUUUAAGGAGGCACAGAACGAGUGCAGAGAGCAGGCUGUUGCGCUGCUGUCUCUGCUUAAGCGCGUGAGCCAGACCCAGGCCCGUUUCCUCCAGCUCUGCCUUGAGCACUCGCUGGCCGACUGCGCCGAGCUGCACGUCCCUCAGAGACCUGCCAACUUCCCUGGAAUCAUUAACCAAUGGCAACAGGAAUCCAAGGAUAAAGUGAUUUCCCUCCUGUUAACUCACCUGCCUUUGCUGAAGCCAGGAAACCUCGAUGCAAAAGUUGAGUAUAUGAAACUGCUGCCCAAAAUCCUGGCGCACUCUAUUGAACACAACCAGCACAUCGAGGAGAGCAGGCAGCUGCUGUCCUAUGCUUUGAUACAUCCGGCCACUUCGUUGGAAGACCGCAGUGCUUUAGCCAUGUGGCUGAACCACUUGGAGGACCGCACGUCGACCAGCUUCGGCGGCCAGAACCGAAGCCGCUCAGACUCUGUGGAUUAUGGGCAGACUCACUACUAUCACCAAAGACAGAACUCCGAUGACAAGCUCAAUGGGUGGCAGAACUCUCGGGAUUCGGGGAUUUGCAUCAACGCCUCCAACUGGCAGGACAAAAGCCUGGGGUGUGAGAACGGCCAUGUGCCCCUCUACUCCUCUUCAUCUGUCCCCACCACAAUCAAUACGAUUGGAACCAGCACAAGUACAAUUCUCUCAGGCCAGGCACACCACAGCCCUUUGAAACGAUCUGUGUCCCUUACCCCACCCAUGAAUGUGCCAAACCAGCCUCUAGGACAUGGAUGGAUGUCUCAUGAGGACUUACGAGCUAGAGGACCCCAGUGCCUCCCAUCCGAUCAUGCCCCCCUGUCUCCACAAAGCAGUGUAGCCUCUUCAGGAAGUGGUGGGAGUGAACACUUAGAAGAUCAGAACACUGCUCGUAACACAUUCCAAGAAGAAGGUAGUGGUAUGAAAGAUGUUCCAGCCUGGUUAAAAAGCCUCCGCCUGCACAAGUACGCUGCGCUUUUCUCCCAGAUGACCUAUGAGGAAAUGAUGGCCCUUACUGAGUGCCAGCUGGAGGCUCAGAAUGUUACCAAAGGUGCAAGACACAAAAUUGUCAUCAGUAUUCAGAAGCUCAAAGAAAGACAAAACCUCCUGAAGUCUUUGGAAAGGGACAUCAUCGAAGGGGGCAACCUGCGCAUCCCGCUCCAGGAGCUGCACCAGAUGAUCCUGACUCCCAUCAAGGCCUACAGCUCCCCAAGCACCACCCCCGAGGCUUGCCGCCGGGAGCCCCAGGCCCCCCACCCGCCCUCACUGAUGGGCCCUGAGGGCCAGACCCCUGACUGCAAAGACAGCGCCGCAGCCACUGGUGCCACAGCCACCGCCUCCGCUGGGGCCAGCGGUGGGCUCCAGCCACACCAGCUGAGUAGCUGUGAUGGGGAGCUGGCCGUCGCCCCCCUGCCGGAGGGGGAUCUCCCUGGGCAGUUCACACGUGUCAUGGGGAAAGUGUGCACACAGCUCUUGGUCUCCAGACCUGAUGAGGAAAAUAUAAGUUCCUAUUUACAGCUCAUAGACAAGUGUCUAAUUCAUGAGGCAUUUACAGAGACUCAGAAAAAAAGAUUGUUGUCAUGGAAACAGCAGGUGCAGAAGCUCUUUCGGUCUUUCCCUCGGAAAACCCUUCUAGACAUAUCAGGAUAUCGACAGCAAAGAAAUCGCGGCUUUGGGCAGUCCAACUCCCUCCCGACACCCAGCUCUGUAGGCGGUGGUAUGGGCAGACGGAACCCACGCCAGUACCAGAUCCCCUCCCGGAACGUCCCUUCUGCCCGCCUUGGCCUCUUGGGUACCAGUGGAUUUGUCAGCUCCACCCAGCGCAACACCACAGCCAACCCCGCCAUCAUGAAACAAGGAAGACAGAACCUCUGGUUUGCCAAUCCUGGGGGCAGCAACAGCAUGCCAAGCCGCACCCACAGCUCAGUCCAAAGGACCCGCUCGUUGCCUGUGCACACUUCUCCACAGAAUAUGCUGAUGUUCCAGCAGCCAGAAUUCCAGCUUCCUGUGACUGAACCUGACAUCAACAAUAGGCUGGAGUCCUUGUGCCUCAGUAUGACCGAGCACGCCCUGGGAGACGGGGUUGACCGGACCUCCACAAUCUAG